AGGAUUCUAGCAUUUUAUUCACAGUUUUUACAAAGAGUUGUAAUAGUGCUGAUUAUUUCCAAGUCUUAUUUUAUACAAAUAUUAAUUUCCAUUCAACAUCAUGAAAUAUUCGGUCGCAUUGUGUUUAUUGGCACUUGUUAUAAUACAACAAUGUAUGAGUACUCACAUUCAUCAUCAAGGAGAAAAAGACUUCAAGGAUCAUGAUGAAGAUGACAAUACUCACAUGAGCCAUGAAGGAUGUGACCAUCCAGAUCACGAUCACAAACAUGAUCACGAUCACAAACAUGAUCAUGAUCACAAACAUGAUCAUGAUCAUAAGGAGGAAGAUCACAGUGAUCAUCACCAAUUUGGAAAACACGUAGGUUAUACUGCUGAAGAAUAUGCCGCUCGCAUUCGCCAUCAAAAACAUUAUGGUCAAGUCUACUAACGACAAGAUCGCAUGAGCCAAAAAUAAUAAUUAUUAUUCUAAGCAUUUAUAACAACACGGUAGUUAGAUAUAGGCUAAAUUUAUAUUUCAUCAAAAUAAUUAGUAUAGCAUUGUGCAAUGUAUUUUUAAAUCAAUUUUUUGGGGAUAAAUAAUAUUAUGUAGCAUUAUAGAUUAAGUUAAGAAAAGUUGCUCAAAAUAUUUAUAAUAAAUUCACUUCAUAACAAUAAAAAUCUAAUUCAACUAGUAAUAAUAUUUAUGAAUAUUAUUGUUAUCCAUUGUCAAAAACAUACUUAAAUAACAAAAAAUAAUAAUACUAUUAUUAAAAUGUAAUGAAUACAAUGUAAUAUUUUCAAAGUAAUCCAGAACUAUUGUUAACAUAAAUGAAUAUUAUAAAAAUAUAAAAUUUUAAACACAAUCGAUAAAUUUAAUAUAAAUUAAUUUUCUGUAGCCUAAUCUAUCUAGUAUAAAUUAGUGAAAUAUUCAAGAUGAUAUUAUUUAGAAAUUUGUGAAAAACAAGACAACCGUAGAGAAACUUAAAAAAUUAAAUUCAAUUGAAAAUCCAUACAGUUAAUUUUAAUUGAUGACGAGAUACACUCGAAACAGUCGAAACAUACUAUACAGAAGGCCGACUUCCAUGGAUGACCUAUUUUAUGUUAAAAAUUCUAAAUUGUAUUGUAUUUAAUUAUUAAAACUGUUUAUUGUAAUGAUUGUUAUAGAAUAAAUUAUUAACAUAAUCUAAAUAAAUUGUUAUUUUUGAAAAUAA